GUCAAAAGAAAAUAAAUAUCGCGAUUCAGAUUUUAGUGAUAAAAAAUCAAUUUUAGCAAGAAUAUGGUAAUUCUGUAUUUGUAAAUAUUAAUAAGAAUAAAUAAAGUACCAAGUGUAUUAGAAUAGUAAUCGAUAAUAGUGUAUUCAUCAUAAACUAUCAAAAUGGGCUCGGAACAGUCCUCGGUGCCACCAAAGAAGCAAGCUCAGAGAGCACCCCCAGUGAGAAGGGGGCAUACUAUAGCUGUCCCUACUAUAUCAGACCCUACGAGAACCAAUGAUUUACCAGCCAGCGGUAACAAUUCUCCGGGAACGAGUAUCUGUUCUGAUUCCGAGUUACCAUACAUAUCUUAUACUGUGGAUCGACCUAUCGGAGACUCACCAAAAGCCUCAGCCAAGACUCAGCGCAGUACUGACAGUAAGAAGUCGAUGCUACAACGCCGCCAGCUAAGCCUCCAGGCUCGUAAAAACAAGCGAGCCAGGGAUAUUGUAGUAGUCAAGCAAGCGACUGAUGUGCAACUCGAUGAAGAUAUACAGAGAUUGCAGGAGAUACCAACAUUCCUGCCGAUCAUGCGAGGUACCCUCGGUCUACCUGGUGCCAGAGAUCCUGAAGUCUUAGAAGGUCUAGACUACAGGCCCUGGGUCCGUGUAACGACCAGACUGCAGGCCCAUUUAGCAGCCUGCGCUCAUCCGCUGGCCACUAUCGAAGGCGGGCUAGCAUCCAAAAUAAAAGAGGCCGAUCAAGAAAUAUCUCGCCUCUAUUCACAAAUGGUGGAUAAGCAGAGAGCUAACGCUCGACACGCGGAACGAUUGGCAAGAGUGCAUGAAGUAUCACAUCAACUGUCCAGAUGCAACUCCUUACUGCAACAGACUUUACAGGAUAUAGAAGAAAUUAAUGCACUUCUUCCAGAAGAGAAACGUUUAGAACCAUUUGUGUGGAGUUCAGAAUAGUAGGUUACAAAUUAAAUCUAGGUCUGGGGACCUAAGUAAGUGUGUCGCCUGGACAGUCAACCUCGCUACAUCCUGGUUGACUGGACAUCUACACUACAUGAGCUGCUGUUUACAUGUGAACAUUAGCUCAUGACGAUACCUAAGUACGUGUGUCGCCUGGACAGUCUACCUCGCUACAUCCUUGUUGACUGGACAUCUACACUACAUGAGCUGCUGUUUACAUGUGAACAUUAGCUCAUGACGAUACCUAAGUACGUGUGUCGCCUGGACAGUCUACCUCGCUACAUCCUUGUUGACUGGACAUCUACACUACAUGAGCUGCUGUUUACAUGUGAACAUUAGCUCAUGACAAUACCUAAGUACGUGUGUCGCCUGGGCAGUCAACCUCGCUACAUCCUUGUUGACUGGACAUCUACACUACAUGAGCUGCUGUUUACAUGUGAACAUUAGCUCAUGACGAUACCGGGCGAAGCCGGUAUGGGUUAUAAAUGUAAACGCUUAGAUAUUGGAUAAAAUGAAAUUUAUUACAAAUAUGUCACGCGAUUAGCUCUUGUAUCUCUAAAAAAUUAAUAUUAUAAAGGUUUGUUUUGAGGAAGGAAAAUCACCAAAUUACUUCACUCGCCCAGGGUAUGGCAAGGAUUGUCAGACUCUUACUGACUAAAAACCCCUCCGUUCCUUCUCCUGCUUAACGCCGAGGAUGCGGUACCUUAUUACGCUUGACCCUGAACCCUGGCUACAUAUUGCCUCACAUUGUGGUCCUCACAAUGACGACACUCGGACGUUUCCUCCCACCGGAUCCGAUACAGGAACCUACCGAAGCUGCCGUGCCCGGUAAGCACCUGCGUCAGGCGGAAGGUGAGGACGCCGUGGCGUCUCUCAAGCCACUCCUCAAAGAGGGGUCUUACCGCUGCUAUAGUAGCGUGCCCGGCCCUCGGUUGCGACAGACGCUGCUUCCACUCAGCCAUGAGAUCUCGCCGGAGCUCAUUCCGCCACGCACUAAUUUGGCGCGGCAGAGGAUCCUCGCCCUGGCGACGCGCGUCUGCGCGCAAACUGUAAACGCGCGCGAGCGCCUUCGCUUCCUGAUUCCAUGGCGGUGAUCCGGCAAGGAGGUUCGGCGCCUCACCGGAGAUCGUGCGAUAUCCGCGGAUUGUCCGAAUAGCCAUGACCCUCUGGGACGCGACCAGCGUACGAGCUGGCCGCCGCCUCAAGUCCGGCGCCCACACAGGGGCCCCGUAGAGGGCCAUGGAUCGCACAAUCCCCAUAUAUAACCUCCAGCAGGAGGCGUUUGGCCUCCCCAGGUUGGGAAGCUUGCUUGCGAGGUUUGCUUGAUCGCGGCCCCAGUACGUUCCAACUUGGGAGCCAUACGACGCAAAUACUCCGUGAAGUUCCACCGGCUGUCGAGGACGAGACCCAGGUACUUCAUCGCCGACUCGACACCGAUGAUUUUUAUAAAGACUAAGAUCUCAACUAAUAUUUUAAGUGUAUCAUAAUUAUGUAAUUAAUAAAAUAAUUAUUUGUAUAUAGAGG